AUGGCCUCUACGCCAGUGCAAUCCUCACCUCACCAGCUUUGCUCCGGAUGCAUGUCUUCACCUUCGAAGAACAUUGAAGAUGUGACCAUUCAGGUCAUAUCGAUGGCAGAAUUCGAGCUCGUAGCUGAUAAGCCACAAGCCGUGGAGCGUGAUGCGUCUACUCCGGCUAGCGUAGCAUCCAGAGACACGACGGAAGCCGACGAAUCUCUACCUUCCAAGCCAGUUCCUACAGUGUGGGCAAGCUCGGUGACCCACCCUUCGCCAUCUGUCACCGUUCUCGAUCUGAGAUCGCCUCCGCCCGUACAACCAUUGCCCCCCUCCCCCGGGAGAGCGUACAUUUCGGGCAAUCUGGGGUGGUUAUCCAAAUGCUACGCCUCGGACGGCUACGACGGGGAGGCGACGGUCUAUUAG